AUGCAGAACCUCAAGCUCAUCCUCCUCGCCGCCUUCUUCUUGCUGAGCGAGGCCUUCGCCAUCCGUAUCUCCUACUGGGCCUAUGACAAGACCGGCGGCCUGGAGAGGAAGGGCAAAUAUGAGCAGAAGAACGGCGGCGAGAUCCCCGAUGACAAGGAAAACUACCUCAUCCAGAACAUUGGCACUUGGUCCAACCAUGCCUACACUGCCGAGAAGACUGUACGCAACAUCAUUGUGGUGAAGGCGGUUGACAAGACCCAGACCAAGAGCGGCGCCACCCGCUUGAACCAGGUGGCCGAGAGUCUGGUCCGCCAGCAUAUUCCCAAGGAGAAGAAGACCGAGGAGAAGCACGAGGGGAAGCACGAGGGGAAGCACGAUGGGAAGCACGAUGGGAAGCACGAGGGGCAGAAGACUGAGGGAAAGAAGCACUGA